ACUUUACUGACUUCCAGAGACACAACUUUUGGACCUUUUUUGGACGUCUGUGCAAGAAGCUUUCUGAGGAGACACGAUGUUGGCCGGCUUUCAGAUUUUGGGCAUUGCCCUGUGCAUUGUUGGCUGGAUUGGGGUCAUCGUUGUCUGUGCUCUACCCCAGUGGAAAGUGACAGCCUUCAUUGGCCAGAACAUUGUCACCGCUCAGUCCACUUGGGAGGGCAUCUGGAUGAGCUGCGUGAUCCAGAGUACUGGCCAGAUGCAGUGCAAGGUUUAUGACUCUAUGCUGGCCCUUUCCCGGGACCUGCAGGCCGCUCGUGCCCUCAUCAUCAUCGCUAUCCUGAUUGGCAUUAUCGGCAUCCUCUUGGCCAUCGCAGGGGGCAAGUGCACCAACUGCGUGGAGGACGAGGGCUCCAAAGCCAAAAUUAGCGUGGCAUCUGGUGCGAUCUUCAUCACUGCUGGUUGUUUGUGCCUCAUCCCAGUGUGCUGGACAGCACACACCAUCAUUAGGGACUUCUACAACCCGCUAACGAUGAAGUCUCAGAAGAGGGAGCUGGGAGCCGCACUCUUCAUCGGCUGGGGGGCCUCAGCCCUCCUCAUCCUGGGUGGUGCAUUCCUCUGCGCCACUUGCCCUCCCAAGGAUAACUACUCCGCCAAGUACUCAGCUACCCGUUCAUCUGCACCCAAGGACUACGUCUGAGGAGAGCAAAGCCAAAUGAGAAGGCAGAGAGACUGAAAAAAAAGACUUGAGUCAAAUGCUUUGUGGUCCAUGAAAACUAUUCACAUUGCCACAUUAGGGAUGAUUUGAAUUUCACACUGACAGAUUGAUUGAUUGAUUGUAUCGUCCUCACAGCUUGGUUUGAUACUUUCAUGUCGUAAUACAGCAAUUCUGGAUUUGUUUCAUCAGUGCCGAGAUAAAGAGAUGUGCACCACACCCAAGUCUCUGCAGACUUAGUACAAAAAGAUGGCAUAAAUAUUGAAAAACACUGAACAUGUCACUUCGAUACAUUUUAUUUUCCUCUGUUGUAAUCCUUUUUUGCCCUUUUACAUAUCAUUUCAUUUUAAAAUAUGUU